GAGGUGUAUAUACACUCUUCUCGAAGCGACGAAGGAGAAGAGAAGGAGGGUUCUCUAUAAGGAGGUGGAAGAGGAACAACACGUGACCAAUCACUUAUAUAAAGGUGGAGAACGACAGGGCGCAAACACAGAGUUCUCUCUCUGCUCUCGGUGGACACUGUGCGUUCGCAAAAGUGAUAAUAAUUUUUUUUCUCCUUUCUCCUCCCCCCUCACCCUUCCUUCGACAAAUCAUCGACGAAUUUUUACGCGUCACGAGGAAAGGAUCGUGUGGUAAAAAGAAAAUACCAGAUCAACGUACCACGCGGGACGUACAACAACACACGCACGUAACAACAAUGAGGACGUACUACGUGAUAGCCGCCAUUCUGAUCGCCGGCGCAACCGCCCAAGAAUCGUUCAAAUGCCCGGACGACUUCGGUUUCUAUCCCCACCACAUAUCCUGCGACAAAUAUUGGAAAUGCGACAACAAUGUAGCGGAGUUGAAGACUUGCGGCAAUGGGCUCGCAUUCGACGCAAGCGAUAGCAAGUUCCUCACCGAGAAUUGCGAUUAUCUGCACAACGUGGAUUGCGGGGACAGGACGCAGCUCGAACCGGCGAUCAGCACGCCGCAUUGUCCGCGUCUAUACGGUAUCUUUCCGGACGAAAAAAAAUGCGACGUGUUCUGGAACUGUUGGAACGGAGAGGCAUCCAAGUAUCAGUGCAGUCCUGGACUCGCUUAUGACCGUGAGGCGAGAGUUUGUAUGUGGGCCGACCAAGUACCUGAAUGCAAAAACGAAGAAGUCGCAGGAGGUUUCACGUGUCCAGCCGCCGGCGAAGUGAGCGGGGCAUCCGGCAGCUUCAGCAGACACGCCCAUCCCGACGACUGCAGAAAGUAUUACAUAUGUCUGGAAGGUAUCGCGAGAGAGUACGGNUGCCCUAUCGGCACUGUGUUCAAGAUCGGUGAUGCCGAUGGCAGCGGUGCCUGCGAAGAUCCUGAGGACGUUCCUGGAUGUGAGGAUUACUACGGUGACCUGGAUCUAAAGAGCAUCAGGAAGAGCGAGCUGCUUGCCGGAAUUCAGAAUUCAGGCGAGACCAGGAAGCCUCCUCAAGGCAAACCGAGGCCCCCAUCGGCACCUGCGAGGCCCAACGCAUCCCUUCAAGAAUAAUUUCUCUCAUCUUCCUUUCCUUUUUCCUCUUCCUCCUCACUUUCUUUCCCUCUUCUCUUCCCUCCUUCAUCCUCACUUCUUACUCUUGUGUGAAUCUCUUUUCUAUGCAUAUUUUUCUCUUGUGCAAGCACGCACACACACAUACAUAUACGCAUAAGUGACAGAUACAUACACUUGUGAUGCUCGGUCACGUUCUUCGUGCGUACACUCGAGCUUUUCUGAAACAAAUACAAUCGAAUAAUUUGCUAUUAUUUACCAUUAUUUCAUACGUGGUUUGACUAUAAUACGGGAGGAAAAUCGUGAUAGUCUCGUGACCGAAGAGUUAUACGUCACAGAAUUCCCUCACUCGUGUCGAGGUUAUUUCGUCCAUGCGGCUCGAUGCGCCGCAACACGCGGGAAGAAGUAACGUCCGUGGAAUUUUAAUCUUUCGAACUGUGCAUCGAUUCGAAUUAAUCGAUUUUAUAAAAAUCGAACAAAAUAAAAUUUGUAUACCUUCUGUCUAUAUACAUGUGAACAAGUAAUCGAACACUCGUUAAAAUUAACAUCGAGUAUUGAAAUUCGAAUCGAUAAUCGAAAUUCGAUUUCCAAUCAUAUCGUCUCGUCGAUAACUUUUUUCAUCUCUCUUCCCUUCUCUUGUCAUUGUUUACUUUUAUCCAUUUCCCUUUAUUUUCCUCUUCCGUACGCAAUCUUGUUAGCUAUCGUAAGACGUACGGUUUUAAAACAAAGCUCGUUGAUCGGUAUCUAGGUUAGAAUUACGUCCAUUGGAUAUUUAUACUUUUGAAAAAAAAAA